AUGAGAGGUUUGGUGUUCUUGUUGUUCUUGGGAUUGGCCCAGGCAUUGCACUUUUAUGUCGAUACGGAUGAAACCAAGUGUUUCUAUGAGGAGCUUCCAAAGGACACAAUUGCAGUUGGUAAAUUUGAGGCUUACGAACUAGACACGUCUACCAGAGAAUACGUCCAAGUUCCAAACUUGAAGGUGGAGAUAACUGUGGAUGAAACUUUCGACAACAACCACAGAGUUGUAUCCCUGAAAAAUCAGCCCACUGGUCAAUUUACCUUCACUUCCUUGGAUGCCGGUGAACACAAGUUCUGUCUCACUCCAAGACACACUGACUGGUCCAAGAGAAGCAGACACAGAGUUUUCUUUGAUCUGGUGGUUGGCGAUGCCAAGGAUUUCGUAGACAGCAAGAGACAAGGAGAUGUGAACUACUUGACAGCCAAGACCAAUGAGCUGAAUAAGAAGUUGCAAGAGAUAAAGAGAGAGCAAUCGUUGUUCAGGGAAAGGGAAGCCGCCUUCAGAGAUCAAUCUGAAUCUACGAACGCCCGUGUCGUCAAAUGGACCAUCAUACAACUGAUUGUCUUGGGAGGCACCUGCUACUGGCAAUUAACAUAUCUCAAGGGUUUCUUUGUUAAGCAAAAAGUUGUUUGA